GGCGCGUGUUUAGUUUCACUUCCGCACUACGCUAAUGUCUGUAGCUUGUUGUUAGCCUCUCUACAGUGUCCACCUCUCACAUUUGCAGGAAAGGCACGUUUAAUAUCUAUGAGAGAAAAGUUCGCAGCUAACGACGUUUAUGUUUAAAGCUCCCGACUACGUCCGGGUUUACCUUAUUUUGUCUGCACUGUCAGAUAGGAGCCGUGUUGCUGAUAAAGUCAACCAGGAAGCGACGUUAGCUUGAGGAAGCUCACUACAUAAUCUGCUGGCUACAUUUUCAACUUCGAGCUGUUCGUAUGCGACUAACAUAACAGCCUUUCCCACGUGUUCACAGUAGCAGACGUCAUGGAGGUGUUGAGCGGUCCCAGUAGAAGGCUCUUCCUGGUGUGGACCCUGGUGAUUCAGCUGGUCCUGUAUGGGAGUGUGGUGUUCACCGCUGAGGGCAUCAAGAGCUGUAAAUUGCUCUAUGACUCUAAGUCAGACUGGAAAGUCCUCAGUCGACUAGAGCCACUCGCCAAUAAGAACUUUACAGUAGAGACCAUGGAGCAAGGGGAAAGUUACACAUAUGUGUUCCAGUUGUGUGGGGAUGCAGGAGGCGUUCCAGGAGCUGGGGUAGUUCAAGUGGACAAGGGAACAGAAAAGAAAACAACUGUGAUUGGAGUGUAUAAUGCAACACAAGCCAUUGGAGCAAAUGACUGGGUGAUGUUGAUCUACAGAAACGGUGACGCAUAUAAUGCCCAUUGCUCUAAGGAAAAGAGGAAAGCCUUUGUUAUGAUCUCUUGCAACAGGAAGGUGGACAUGGGCCAGCUGGAGGUGCUUUCAGAGGAGAGGGAAAGGGAGCAAGAUUGUUUUUACCUGUUUAAGCUAGACUCCAGUGCUGUGUGCCCAGAUGUUCAGUCCAAGCUCAGCACUGGCUCCAUACUACUCAUCAUUGGGUUUUGUCUUCUGGCUGUUUACCUCAUUGGAGGUUUCCUCUACCAGCGGCUGAUUGUCGGAGCCAAAGGUAUGGAGCAGUUCCCCAAUUACGCCUUCUGGGUGGAAGUUGGCAACCUGACAGCGGAUGGGUGUGACUUUGUGUGCCGGUCAGGAAAUCGAGAAGAAUCCCCAGCUUACAGGGGAGUGCCCUCUGAAUCUUUAGAGGAAGAACCAGAAGAGAGAGAUGACCACUUACUACCCAUGUGACCUCAAUAAGUCCGAAAUUGGGACAGAAAUUUCCAGUGAAAGUGAUGAAACUGCUGUUAGACACAAGUCUGUUUUUGUUUUGCGGGUUUUGGUCAGGACCUGUUCACAGUUGGUGUGUAUGCCAGACUUCCAACUACAGAUAAUGUGCUGGCACUCGAGGGCAUGUUACUCACAGGGCUGACAUACAUGUUUUCUCUCUAAACCAUUCGUUUCUUGCUUAAUGUUUGAUGUCAGACAAGGUUAUUCACCUAAGGUGGCAAUGUGACAAUAAAGAUUGACUCGUAAAUCUGACGCAAGCAGGAGAUGUUAAGCAGUUGGAUUUCUACGUGAUCGAAAACUUAAUGACAUUUUGCUCAUCUUAUUAUGCCUGGCUAAUCAUUGUACAUGCAGCUUGUACUGUUAUUCCCUGGGUCCUAUUUGUGCACUGACACAUGCAGUGCACAAAAUGCAUACAAAGUGCUUUUCCUUGUGUAAUCUGGCUUUAAUGAGUUUUUUUUUGAAAAUGGAGAUUGAGAUAAAGAUAGAGAAUGUAAUUUUAAGUACUGUGACUAUGCUUACAGCCUUGCUACACAAAGAAUCACUUCAAAAACCAUACCCGGAAAUAAUUUUAUGUUUUCCGUUUCCCACAUUAUAGGUAAAAGCUUGUAUACGUGCUUAAAUCUAUAAAAUGGUUAUUUUCCUAACUCGGUUCUGAACUUGACAGCUGUAACUAAAUGUCCUCUUUGUUUUUGGUCGGAAAGAUCAACAAUGCUAAACCUACCUUAUUAAUGCGCUUUCUAUUCAAUGAAAGAAUUAGAAGUGAGUGAUAUGUUGAUGAAUUCUGCUGUUUAUAAUUUAUGAUUUUUUGAAAGUAUGUUCUAUAUAUGCAGAAUAUUGUACUUUUUCAUAGAUUCAAUUUGAAUUUUCUGUAAAUUCGGUAUUUAAUGGUGAACAUUAUAGUGGGCAAACUGAUCUGUCUGCCUACAUGACCCAUGGUCGACCAAAUUGUCAGGCUGCUGCUUUUUUUAAUUGUUUACACAAAGUCGCAAUGAAAGCACUUAAUCAUCUGUAAUUAUCUUGUAUCAAUAUAAUAUAGCUGUAAAAUGUUAUAGUUUAUUGAGGAUACCAACAAUAAGGUUUGUAAUAUUUUUACAGAAAUCUAUUGUACUUACUAAUACUGCUUAGAACUAAAGCAGGCUUUUUCAACUUGAUGGAAAAUGCUAGGUGUUGUGAAGUUACUCUACUACUGUUGGUGUGAGCACUUUGUGUCUAUUAUUUGCUUUUUUUGUGUUUAUUAAUCUUGACAUUUCUUUGCUUUGUUUUGACUACUUCAACCCACACUUUUUGUUUGUUUUCUGAUUGCAUUCAAAUUAAAAUAUGAAACUAGA